AUGUAUAUUUUGAGAACAGGGCAUACUGAGGGUGAGGGUUGUGAGCAUAUCUUCUCCACAUCUAAUGAGCUUGCACAUAGCACAAGACAUGCUAACCAUUUUCAUCACCACCAAGCCAUUGAGGAACAUUUUGCAUUUUGGGAUGCCAAUAAGUAUGCUGCACUUAAAGUGUUGAAAUCAGUUUGGUUGUUGAUGGCUGAGCUAGAGACUACCAAGGCUGAGCUACGCCUCAGCAACAACGACUUCCCUGGAUUCUUCGAUCAGGAAUGCAUAUACCUGGAUAAUUGGCUCUCUAUACAUUAUGUUGAGAAUUUUGCCUGUGAAUCUGGGAAUAAUGCCCUUACAGGAGUAGAUGCUGGCAUUGAUUCUUCCUAUGCCAAACUACAGCAUGCUGAGGGGCUUGUUGCUCAUUGCAAAUGUGUCUUAUCUGUUGAUGAGAGAUGGGUGAUUGGUGGCAAGGAAUACAACCAUUUCAAGAAGGAAGUGACACUCGGCAAGUAUCAUGCUGCAUUAGACGAGCUGGAACAUUUGAUUGUUAUGAAAUUAUUUGAACUUUUGAAGCUCUUGUUAUUGGUGUGGGUACAACAAGUGCAGCAGUGA